CUGGCAACACUAUCCGUGACGUCAUAUAGCUCCCUGAGAAAGGAAAAUGGCGUCCAGUUCGACUCGUAAUCCUCCUCCUUUCCCGGCAAACGACGAGCCAGCAGCGGGACUGUCCGACUUGGCAGAUGGAGAUAGUGACGAGGGAGAAGAUAUUUUCGUCAAUAACAGUAAAUCAGUGAGUCGAGGAGUGUCUCAGCCUGAUCUUCCAGCUGGGGAUGCUAGCAGCCACACCAGCACCCAGUCCAACGGAGUCCACUCGGAUGAGGACAGCGACCUGUUUGCCGAGGCACAGAUAAACAUAGACAAAUCCGGCAGCUCGGCUCGAAAAGAGCUCUCCAGCUCCUCUGGCCCACGUCCCGCCUCUUCGUUCUCUCCAAGCCCUGCCGCCAUGCCAACCACCUCCUUGGAGCAGAUGGAGGAAGACGAGGAGAAGGAUAGUUUUGAUGUGGAUAUUGCUGUCACCAAUCCUGAGAAAGUCGGUGACGGCAUGAAUGCAUAUGUGGCCUACAAAGUAUCCACCAGGACCUCUUUGCGCAUGUUCAGGAAUAAAACCUUCUCUGUGAGGAGGCGCUUCAGUGACUUUCUGGGGCUCUAUGAAAAGCUGUCAGUCAAACAGUCGCUCCAUGGCUGCAUCAUUCCACUUCCACCAGAGAAAAGCGUUGUAGGAAUGACCAAAGUGAAAGUGGGGAUGGAUGAUCCAUCAUCAGUGGAGUUUGUGGAGAGAAGAAGAGCCGCUCUAGAAAGGUAUCUUCAGAGAGUUGUGUCUCAUCCUUUGCUCAUACAAGAUCCUGAUGUGCGAGAAUUUUUAGAGAAAGAAGAUUUACCCAGAGCCUCAAACACACAGGCACUGAGUGGAGCUGGCUUUCUUAAAAUGAUCAAUAAGGCAUCCGACGCUGUCAACAAGAUGACCAUCAAGAUGAAUGAGUCGGACACUGUAAGACAAUGGUUUGAGGACAAGUUUCAGGAGGUGGAGAACGAGGAGCAGCAGUUAAGGAAGCUCCAUGCUGUGGUGGAUUCUCUUGUCAAUCACAGGAAGGAGCUGUGUGGAAACACAGCAGUAUUUGCCAAAAGUAUGGCCAUGCUGGGGAACUCUGAGGACAACACGGCUCUGUCUCGGGCCCUGUCCCAGCUGGCAGAAGUGGAAGACAAAAUGGAGCAGUUACAUCAGGAGCAGGCAUCCAAUGACUUUUUCAUCUUUGCAGAGAUGCUUGCCGACUACAUCCGUUUGCUGGGUGCUGUGCGGGGCUGUUUUGACCAGCGCAUACGGGCGUGGCAGCGAUGGCAGGAGGCUCAGAGCACACUCCAGAAGAAGAGGGAGGUUGAGGCCAAACUGCUGUGGGCCAACAAACCAGACAAACUGCAGCAGGCCAAGGAGGAGAUUAGUGAGUGGGAGGCCAGAGUUACUCAGUAUGAGAGAGAUUUUGACAGGAUUGGAAUGACCGUACGCAAGGAGGUCCUCAGAUUUGAAAAAGAAAAAGCCAAGGACUUGAAGAGCCAAAUAAUCAAGUAUUUGGAGUCAAUGCUACAAUCUCAACAAAGGCUUAUCAAGUUUUGGGAAGCUUUCCUCCCUGAGGCCAAGGCAAUAGCUUAAUGAGGUGGAACACUUUUUAAAACCUGACUGCCUUUUCUGAACACUUUACCUCGACCAGGAACUGAGAGGACCCUUUUUGAAAACACAAGAGACUUCCAUCCAAUUGCUCUUGUCUUCUGAUUCUUAGUCUAUUCUCUAAUUCUGUACAGUUAUUUCAUAUUGGUGCUCUGCAUAAUCCCUUGUUUGUUAUAAUGAAUGAGAUUCAGCAGAGAUUAACCAUGCUGUAGUACAGUAUUUGUAAAAAACAAAACCAAAAAAAAAAAAACGUCUUUCUGGAGCGGGGGUAUAAACCAUGUAUUUAUGUAACUUGUUGAAACCGUCAAUGAGUUUUUCCUGCGCUACCGAGGAACACUACUCAUAGUUUACAUUAAAGCUCAGAUGUGGGACAGACAUUCCAUUUUGUUCAUGGAUGCAUGUCGGAAUAUGUUUUGAUGCACUAAAAUGCACAGCAAUGUUUGAAAGUCAAAUACCACUAGCAGUCUUAGUUAUUGUGUAUAAUUACAACAUUUGAAAUGUGUUAUUGACAGGGAGACAAGCAUGUCGGAGUAGUUACAAGAGGAAGCAGCCACUAAUUUGAUGAUGACUUUGUAUUUAAUCACUAUUAAUCAUCACUAACAAUUCAACAUGUGGAGCUGCUGCAGAUGUUUUGUCAUAUUAAAAAAAAAAAAACAUUGCAAUUUUAAAGUGAUCAUUUUGAUCCGGAACCCUACUUGGGGAAUAUUAUGAUACAAAGGCAGGUAAAAAAAAAAGUGACAAGUUUGUUUAUUCUUAAACCUUUGUGAACUCCGUCCUGUCGUAUUUCCAUAAAAAUGUGCUUUAUUUUUGUAGCCACUUUGCGUUAGCACACACCAUUUCUUGGAAAUGUUAUACAGGUGGAUUUAAAAAAUAAAUAUGAUUUGGUUA